UGGACAUGCCUGCCAUCGGGGACAGGCCAAACGAUGAGGCGUUUCAAAUGACGUGAAAUGUGAUGGAUCACUUGUCCCGCCAUGACAUAAAGCUGUCUGUCUGAUCAAGGAUUGUUACAACUAAGACAUUACCACCAGUGAUUCGGUCUGGAUGUUCACAUUGCUGCUACUUCUACAGCUGCUAGGUAAAAAAAUUUUACAAAUAGAAAUUGUUUUGUAAAGUAUAGACUAUAUAUAUAUAUAGUUAAACAAGGCAAAUCAUUUAUUGAUCUAAUUCAUUUUUGAAAUUCUUUGUGGAUCAUUUACACCAGUGUUGCAUCAAAUUGAUGGGGACACCACCAGUGUUACAUCAAAUUGAUGGGGACACCACCAGUGUUACAUCAAAUUGAUGGGGACAAUUUUAAGAUCGACGAAUCGAUUUUUUUAAACGAAGAUCAAAUCAUCAAUAAAACGGCCCGUGUCGCCAUGGGGAUCAUUCCCAGGAUAGUUUGAGAAGCACUGUUCUAAACGUUUCUUUGUCUUCUUCUAGUGUUGUGGUCGUAUGGCCUCAACGUGCCGUCUCGGUACAUUAGUAAAUAACCUCAUUCGGGUUGUUUUUUCCUUCUUACAUUUUAAUUGUUACCAUUCCGUUAGGAGGAGACAGUCUAAAACUGCCAAGCCUCUGUUAGAGUUAAUGCAUGUGUCAGCUACGUGUCACCAGUGAUAUAUACUGGUCGUAUAACAAUAAUAAUCGCCACGACAACAACUUUGCCACCCGCUCGCGUCACUUAAUGGAGUCACGGCUUGUUGUUGCAGUGUCAUUAAUGUGUUUUGCUCAUCCACCGAGGAGGGACCAUUUUCAUCACGACCACAAAAAUCCACUGGUCGGUCUAAACUGUAGUCUAAAUCUAAAUAAAACGUAGCACUUAGCCGAGAAGUAGCACAGGAGAGGGCAGCAAAGGAAUUGUGGCAGAGAAUAAGUGGGUGAGAGAUUAAAGACAGGCAAGACGGGAAAGAAAAGAGGUGGUCCUACAUCUUUGGGUAUAACAUACAGAUGGCUCUUAAGGCCGGUCGAAUGGAAAUGGUCGACGAGUUCUGGGCCCUGACUUGGCUCACGCGAGCACCGGCCCUGGGGGUGAUGGGCCGUAAAAGGGGGGGGGGGAUUUCACGGAUCAACUUCCAUAGACCAGGUACCUAUCAACAAAACAGCUUCACUUGUUUUAUGUAAAACAACAACCAAAAAAACAAGAUAAUAAGACAACGACCCCCAACCCCCCCNCCCCCCCGGCCCGACUACCAUAAAAAAAAAGUAUGAAGUAUACCGAUGGGAUCGUAAAGUAUACCGAUGGGAUCGUAAAGUAUACCGAUGAGAUCGUAAAGUAUACUGAUGAGAUCGUAAAGUAUACUGAUGAGAUCGUAAAAUAUACCGAUGAGAUCGUAAAGUAUACUGAUGAGAUCGUAAAGUAUACUGAUGAGAUCGUAAAGUAUACUGAUGAGAUCGUAAAGUAUACUGAUGAGAUCUAAAGUAUACUGAUGAGAUCGUAAAGUAUACUGAUGAGAUCGUAAAGUAUACUGAUGAGAUCGUAAAGUAUACUGAUGAGAUCGUAAAAUAUACUGAUGAGAUAGACUAAUUCAUUUCCCUCUUAAGUGUAUUUUAAGAUCUAUAGUUCACAUUAAAUCGUUUUGGUUACAUCAUAAAUAAAUCGUAAAUAACUUGAUAACACCCCCGCCCCCAAACCAAACACACACUUUCGGUGCCAACAAGUAAAUAAAAACUAGUAUUCUGAAACAAAACAAUUCUUUUUUAGCGCUUUUCGUUGAGCUGUUUUCUAAGCACUGGUAGUACUUAGUAUUUUCUACGAAUGUUUCAAUCCGAGUAGUUAGGGCAUCCUUCUAUGUAAACAUGUUUGGUGGAUAUCUAGAGGUCGGCAAGUGAAUGCUUAUGAAUAUGAGAAAUUCGUUAUAAGACUAUGCUUUCAACACUAGGCCAAUCUGCUAGCAGGCACAAACAGACGCACCAUCGAUUUCUCUCAGAUCAAUGUAGCACACACACACACAGCCCCGGUCACGUCAGAACGGCUGUAAUCGUUCGUGUUGACAGUGUCGUUUCGUUGUGUGAGUACAGUGUUGUGGGGGACACGUCAGCUGUGUAGUUAUGCCAUGGAUAUUUCCUCUAUGAGUCUAGUGUCCCAUCGUUAUACUGUGUAGUACCGGUAAUGCCAUAGAUUAUCUCUAUCAGUCUAGUGCCCCAUGGUUAUACUGUGUUGGGCGACGACUUGGUUAUGAUGAAACUAUGUAGAGCGACAUUGUCCACUUCAUUGAGUGCGUCUAUUGAAAGCAUCAAUGUGUGUUGUGAUACAUCAGCUCACCAAUGUGUGUUGUAAUACAUCAGAUAACCAAUGUGUGUUGUGAUACAUCAGCUCGACUAUGUGUGUUGUGAUGUAUCAGCUCACCAAUGUGUGUAAUGCUAUAUUAUCAAAAGUGUGUUGUGAUACAGCAGCUCACCAAUGUGUGUUGUGACACAUGACCAAUGUGUAUUGUGACACAUGACCAAUGUGUGCUACCAUAUCACCAAUUUGUCUCGUGACAGUGCCAGUCUCGAUGACGUCAUGAUUCCCCCCCCCCCUCCACACUGCUGAAUCCAACCAAACGGUCCUGUUGUCUGCCACAUUGUCAUACACCAGAUGACCUGUCUUUGUCGUCUGCUGAGACGGGCAGAAAUUUUAAUGCUUCCUGGCAUGUUGACAUAACCAAGGAGGGAACGUUUAUCAAGAGCAAUAACAGAUUAGAUGGCAGGAUGUGGUGGUUGUGGUGUGGGACAUAUGGUGUUGGACAUGUGGUGUGGGACAUGUGGUGGUGUGUGGUUUUGGAGAUGUGGUGGUGUGUGGUUUGGGAGAUGUGGUGUUGUGGUUUGGGAGAUGUGGUGGUGUGUGAGAUGUGGUGGUUGUGGUUAGGGAGAUGUGGUGGUGUGUGGUUUGGGAGAUGUGGUGGUUGUGGUUUGGGAGAUGUGGUGGUGUGUGAGAUGGGGUGGUGGUGGUUUGGGAGAUGUGGUGGUGGUGUGGUGUGUGAGAGGUGGGGUGAGAGAGGGAGAAAGCGUGAGAGAUAGAGAGAGGGAGAGAGAGAGAGGGUGAGAGAGUGUUGGUCGGGUGGUGUGGGGGAUGUGGUGGUGUGUGGUUUUGGAGAUGUGGUGGUGUGUGGUUUGGGAGAUGGGGUGUUGUGGUUUGGAAGAUGUGGUGGUGUGUGAGAUGUGGUGGUUGUGGUUAGGGAGAUGUGGUGGUGUGUGGUUUGGGAGAUGUGGUGGUUGUGGUUUGGGAGAUGUGGUGGUGUGUGAGAUGUGGUGGUUGUGGUUUGGGAGAUGUGGUGGUUGUGUGGUGUGUGAGAUGUGGGGUGAGAGAGGGAGAAAGCGUGAGAGAUAGAGAGAGGGAGAGAGAGAGAGGGUGAGAGAGAGAGAGAGAGGGGGUGAGAGAGAGAGGAUAGAGAGAGAGAGAGAGAGAGAGGGUGGCGGGCUAGGUGUUGAGUUGACGGACAGGCGGGUUUCCGGCACAAGGACACAUUCUGAAUUCUUGAUUCGAUCGUGUGUUCGUGUCCCAGGCGUGUAGGGUCAUAUUAAUGCCAUUGUGAUAACUGUGUUACCUGUUGCUGUUGGUAAGUCUGCAUUGAGUAGGAGCAACUUUACUGAGAAAUGUGCACUUUUGAUGGUACUGUUCAUAAGUAGUGUGUAUGAAUCAGACAUUACCGAGUACUAACAACAUUACUGAUAAGUGUGAAAUGUGUGUGCGUGCAAGUGUUGACAAGUGACAUAUAACAUAUAAUUUAGUCAUUAAUCCUAUUGAACACCGAUAUUAUUUUGCAACUUUUUACCCCGAUCAAAUGUAAUCUAAAGACAACUCCCCCCCCCCCCCCAACACUUAUUUCAGCGGCCCCAUUGCCCCCCCCCAAUAGUACGAGAUACUACAACCAUUUACUUUAUGGUUAAGUCCACAAUUUACCAAGCAUGCGUGACCAACACCCUUCAGCUCCACUCAAUUAUGCAAAUGACCGAUCGGACAAACUUAAGAGUAGAGUUAUAAACGAGAACAACCAGGCUAAGCAUGGCACCAAUGGGAUGGGGGGGGGUGUUGAGCUGACUGUGGGGGUGUUGUUGAGCUGACUGUGGGGUGUUGUUGAGCUGACUGUGGGGAUGUUGUUGAGCUGACUGAGAAGAAAAUAGGUUGUUUAAGUUACCAGUCUGGUGCUAAAUCAUUGAAGCUUGCUGGUCAAUAAUCAAGUGCACUUUAGGAAGGUGAGAAGUAAGACAAUAACAGCUGGUCGCAGGGGUGUCUUAUUGUCUGAUAGCAAGGGUGUCGUAUUGUUGAUAGUAUGGGUGUCUUAUUGUCUGAUGGCAAGGGUGUCUUAUUGUCUGAUAGCUAGGGUGUCUUAUUGUCUGAGAGCAAGGGGGUCUUAUUGUCUGAUAGCAAUGGUGUCUUAUUGUUUGAUAGCACAUGUGUCUAAUUGUCUGAUAGCAAGGGUGUCUUAUUGUUUGAUAGGAAGGGUUUCUUAUUGUCUGAUAGCUAGGGUGUCUUAUUGUCUGAGAGCAAGGGGGUCUUAUUGUCUGAUAGCAAUGGUGUCUUAUUGUUUGAUAGCACAUGUGUCUAAUUGUCUGAUAGCAAGGGUGUCUUAUUGUCUGAUAGGAAGGGUUUCUUAUUGUCUGAUGGCAAGGGUGUCUUAUUGUCUGAUAGCAUGGGUGUCUUAUUGUAUGAUAACAAGGGUGUCUUAUUGUCUGAUAGGAAGGGUUUCUGAUUGUCUGAUGGCAAGGGUGUCUUAUUGUCUGAUAGCAAGGGUGUCUUAUUGUCUGAUGGCAAGGGUGUCUUAUUGUCUGAUAGGAAGGGUGUCUUAUUGUCUGAUGGCAAGGGUGUCUAAUUGUCUGAUAGGAAGGGUGUCUUAUUGUCUGAUGGCAAGGGUGUCUUAUUGUGUGAUAGCAAUGGUGUCUUAUUGUCUGAUGGCAAGGGUGUCUUAUUGUCUGAUAGGAAGGGUUUCUUAUUGUCUGAUAGCAAGGGUGUCUUAUUGUCUGAUAGCAAGGGUGUCUUAUUGUCUGAUGGCAAGGGUGUCUUAUUGUCUGAUAGGAAGGGUGUCUUAUUGUCUGAUAGGAAGGGUGUCUUAUUGUCUGAUGGCAAGGGUGUCUUAUUGUCUGAUGGCAAGGGUGUCUUAUUGUCUGAUGGCAAGGGUGUCUUAUUGUCUGAUGGCAAGGGUGUCUUAUUGUCUGAUGGCAAGGGUGUCUUAUUGUCUGAUGGCAAUGGUGCCUUAUUGUCUGAUAGCAAUGGUGUCUUAUUGUCUGAUAGCAAUGGUGUCUUAUUGUCUGAUGGCAAGGGUGUCUUAUUGUCUGAUAGCAAUGGUGUCUUAUUGUCUGAUAGCAAGGGUGUCUUAUUGUCUGAUGGCAAGGGUGUCUUAUUGUCUGAUGGCAAGGGUGUCUUAUUGUCUGAUGGCAAGGGUGUCUUAUUGUCUGAUAGGAAGGGUGUCUUAUUGUCUGAUGGCAAGGGUGUCUUAUUGUCUGAUAGGAACCCACAGAAUAACAGACUACCGUUCCCACUCUUAUUGUCUGAUAGGAAGGGUGUCUUAUUGUCUGAUGGCAAGGGUGUCUUAUUGUCUGAUAGGAAGGGUGUCUUAUUGUCUGAUGGCAAGGGUGUCAUAUUGUCUGAUAGCAAUGGUGUCUUAUUGUCUGAUGACAAGGGUGUCUUAUUGUCUGAUAGCAAGGGUGUCUUAUUGUCUGAUGGCAAGGGUGUCUUAUUGUCUGAUAGCAAUGGUGUCUUAUUGUCUGAUGGCAAGGGUGUCUUAUUGUCUGAUAGCAAGGAUAUCUUAUUGUCUGAUUGCAAGGGUGUCUUAUUGUCUGAUAGGAAGGGUGUCUUAUUGUCUGAUGGCAAGGGUGUCUUAAUGUCUGAUAGCAAGGGUGUCUUAUUGUCUGAUGGCAAGGGUGUCUUAUUGUCUGAUAAGGAGAAAACUGGACAGUUUAAAAAAAGGUCGUGCGGUCCUUAUAGGGACUGAAAUUCUACCAUUUAGCACAGCCGUGAGCAGUAUGGACACAGGUUAGCCACAGGUCAGCGCUAGCAGGUCUGGGUAGUUCAAGAGGUAAUGCAAAGGGAUGUAUAUAGUGAGCCUGAUGGGUCUCAAGUUUUUGUAGCAAUGUCACAAAUCAAUUAUAAUUCUAUUGUUCAGAAGGUACCCUGGGUCAGCCAAAAAUAAGGCAGAAAUCGUGUUCCUUCAAAGAAACAGGGAAUAUCAUCAGCGAGAUACGACUGUGUGCAACAAGAUUCACAGAGUUGGCUGAAGAACAGCCACCAUCCACAAGACGUGAAAGUUGACACUACUUACAGCAAACAGAGACAGGUACCAGGAUUAAGGAUGGAGGUUUUGGCUGUCCACACCAAGAGCAGCUUAGGAAAUGUCAUAAAGGGUAAGAUGGUGGGUGUGUGGUCUGACUGGUAGAUAGAAUGGGUGGGUGUGGCUUGAUGGGUGGGUGUGGCUUGAUGGGUGGGUUUGGCUUGGUAGAUUUGAGUUGUUUGGAGAGUUAUUGAACUAAUUGGGUAGGUUGAUGGGUGGGUGUGGCUUGAUGGGUGGGUGUGGCUUUUUCUUGGUAGAUUUGAGUUGUUUGGAGAGUUAUUGAACUAAUUGGGUAGGUUGAUGGGUGGGUGUGGCUUGAUGGGUGGGUGUGGCUUUGGCUUGGUAGAUUGGAGUUGUUUGGAGAGUUAUUGAACUAAUUGGGUAGGUUGAUGGGUGGGUGUGGCUUGAUGGGUGGAUGUGGCUUUGGCUUGGUAGAUUUGAGUUGUUUGGAGAGUUAUUGAACUAAUUGGGUAGGUUGAGGCUUGAUGGGUGGGUGUGGCUUGAUAUGAGAAUGAGAAAAAUGUGUGUGGUGACAACAACAGAAUAAAUAAAUUUAGUUUAAUUAAAACCCGAAAAAGAACAGAAGAACAAGAAGUGGUGGGCGCAUCAGGUAGGAUAUGUCUUUCAAUCAAUCGUCUGUUUGGGAAAUGUAUCAAUAAGUGAUAUGCCAUAUGUAUGAGUGAUAUGCCAUAUGUAUAAGUGAGUGAUAUGCCAUAUGUAUAAGUGAGUGAUAUGCCAUAUAAGUGAGUGAUAUGCCAUAUGUAUAAGUGAGUGAUAUGCCAUAGGUUUCACUGAGUGAUUACGCCAUAGGUUUCACUGAGUGAUACGCCAUAGGUUUCACUGAGUGAUACGCCAUAGGUUUCACUGAGUGAUAUGCCAUAGGUUUCACUGAGUGAUUACGCCAAUAUGGUUCAAUUUAACAUGAUAAUUUCUAUGUUCCAGCCUCAAGCAUCACCCCUAUAAACGAUCUCAAGGGACAUAAGGGUGGCAACUACGCUGAAGGGGAGCAACUCUUGAGGUGCAAGCUGGCAUCUCUGUACCGACUGGUCGAUCUUUGUGGGUGGACACACGGAGUCUUUAAUCACAUAAGUGUAAGCUACUGCUGGGACUAUUUAUCAAAGUUCAUCCUCUUCUCCUCUGGAACAUUAGCGGUACAAAGAAAUGUCAUGACAAAACUCCAAAACAUGGGCGUUCCUCUAGUCGUUGGAUUAAACCUAACCUUGGUUAAAUAGUUAUUUGCUUUAUGAAGAGUUGCAAACUUGUUAUUGUCUGCCAGUCUUACGCUCAAUCAUUGUGGGGCUGAUUGGGUUGUGUCAAUAAUAGGUGUGGACAGUUUCGCUCUAUCAAUGUGGGGCUGAUUGGGUUGUGUCAAUAAUAGGUGUGGACAGUUUCGCUCCAUCAAUGUGGGGCUGAUUGGGUUGUGUCAAUAAUAGGUGUGGACAGUUUCGCUCCAUCAAUGUGGGGCUGAUUGGGUUGUGUCAAUAAUAGGUGUGGACAGUUUCUCUCCAUCAAUGUGGGCUGAUUGGGUUGUGUCAAUAAUAGGUGUGGACAGUAACAUUGGAAGGGAGGCCCCCCCCCCGUGCUUUUUUGUUGUUGAUAUGGAGGGGUGACAUUUUUUUCUUUGAUGGGGGGCUGCAACAAUCUUGACCUAACCUGUCGAACUAACCUUAGCUAUGUAACAUGUGGUCAUUCCAUCAGUAUUACAUGCGGUCAUUUCAUCAAUAUUACAUGCGGUCAUUUCAUCAAUAUUACAUGUGGUCAUUUCAUCAAUAUUACAUGUGGUCAUUCCAUCAGUAUUUCAUGUGGUCACUCCAUCAGUAUUACAUGUCGUCAUUCCAUCAGUGUUACAUGUAGUCAGUCCAUGUUAUGAAGCUGUCUCUGUCCACCAGGUUCGAGUUGACUCUAGUGGCCAGGAACAUUUUCUCCUGAACCCAUUCGGUCUACUGUACCACGAGAUCACGGCGUCCUCCCUCCUCAAGGUUGACAUCAACGGGGCGGUCAUUGAUCAGGGGACCACCCUCUUUGGGGUCAGCAAGGCCGGGUUCAACCUCCACUCUGCCAUCCAUGCGGCCCGUCCAGAUAUUAAAUGCGUCAUUCAUGUACACACACCAGCAGCCACGGCGGUAAGGUCAAGGUUCCAUGUCUACACCUCAACCCUAUCAACAUUCAUUUUAUAAUUUAAAUAAAAUAUCUACACAUUUACAACUCCAUCUAUAAUUGCUUAUAUCAAAUGAUAGAAAAAAAAGCAUGGAAGGAUGAAACCUGAACAUUUUGUAAAAUCUGUUCUAUAAACAGAAGAUGGAUCAAAAGCAAUCAAAGUAAGAAUGAAGAAGAAAUCAGUGAAAGAACAUCAGCCGCACAACAUCCCACUAGAAAUAUUUCAACUAAUGCAAUGUCUGGAGUGUUAACAAUAAGACUCAAACCCCAAUAAAUAAAGCAAGCAAGCAUUUCAUUUUAAUAACUUUCCUGAUGUCACUGGACUCAACAGCGUCAGAAAGCUGAAAGAGUCUUUUGACCUAGAACUUCCCCAUGGAAAUUGUCUAGACUGACCAGAGAAGUUUAGAGAGGACCAGAGAAGUUUAGAGACGUAAGAUGACUGACAAAUUAAUUACAAGUCCUUGUGAAUCAUGUUUCAGGUAUCAGUCAUGAAGUGUGGUCUCCUGCCCCUCAGUCAGGAGUCUAUGGUCUGCGGCAACAUCAGCUACCACGAGUACUACGGGGUGUUUGUCGAUGACAAGGAGAAGGAAAUUCUAGCCAAAAACUUAGGACCUCAAAAUAAGGUAACCUCACUUUGAUCUUAACACUUGCCUUGUACAGAAGGCAUGUGAUGGGCAGUGUACAAUAUGUUGAAUGGAUUCUACUUGCAGUAUGUAGUAAACAACUAAGAAUGUACAAUACAUUAGAUUCUAGGUAACUACUGGCUAUGUAAGCAUUUCAUAACUCUGAAUAAUAAUUAAAUGGAGAUUAUCAUUGUAAACGAAAUAAAUUACUUCUGUUCAAUUACUUUGACUGUGACAUACAAAAAUAAAAUGUGUGUUGAAAGUAUAUGUUGGUUAUUUCAACAGAUUAUGAUACUUCACAAUCACGGUGUGGCUAUUUGCGGAGAAACUAUUGAGGAGGCUUUUCACUUAACAUUUAACUUUAUGGCUGCAUGUGAGGCCCAGGUGAGUACUUGACAGGGAUCAGAUGGGCAGUGCUGGAAUCAGAUGGACAGUGCUGGGAUCAGAUGGGCAGAGCUGGGAUCAGAUGGGCAGUAAUGAGAUCAGAUGGGCAGAGCUGGGAUCAGAUGGGCAGUGCUGGGAUCAGAUGGGCAGCGCUGGGAUCAGAUGGGCAGAGCUGGGAUCAGAUGGGCAGAGUAGGGAUCAGAUUGGCAGUGUAGGGAUCAGAUGGGCAGUGCUGGUAUCAGAUGGGGAGUGCUGGGAUCAGAUGGGUACUGGUGGGGUCAGAUGGGCAGUGCUGGGAUCAGAUGGGCAGAGCUGGGAUUAGAUGCGCAGAGUAGGGAUCAGAUGGGCAGAGUAGGGAUCAGAUGGGCAGUGCUGGUAUCAGAUGGGGAGUGCUAGGAUCAGAUGGGUACUGGUGCGGUCAGAUGGGCAGAGCUGGGAUCAGAUGGGCGGAGUAGGGAUCAGAUUGCAGAGUAGGGAUCAGAUGGGCAGUGCUGGUAUCAGAUGGCCAGUGCUGGUAUCAGAUGGGCAGUGCUGGGAUCAGAUGGGUACUGGUGGGGUCAGAUGGGCAGUGCUGGGAUUAGAUGGACAGUGCUGGGAUCAGAUGGGCAAUGCUGGGAUCAGAUGGGCAUGCUGGGAUCAGAUGGGCAGUGCUGGGAUCAGAUGGAUACUGGUGGGGGGUCAGAUUUGGAUGGGAACUAGUUGCAUCAGGUGGUCACCAAUGUUUCCCCUCAUGUGACAAUAAUGACUUAAGAACAUUGGUGCCUCCUUUAAAUGUGCAUCCAAGGAAAAGAUUGAGAUAAGUAUAGCCACCUUUGCUAUGGAAUGUUACAGUCAAGAAACUGAGAGGACAAGCUGAAAUCACUUUAGAUACAUAGAGCGUUCUUAAAUUUAAAAGAUCAGUAGUUUAUGGUCAAGGGUCCAAAGGUCAUACAAGGAAUAGUGGGGAACAAUGUUGGCAACCAUGAAACAUCCUACCCUCUUAUUCCAGUGACCUUGAAACAUACUACCCUCUUAUUCCAGGUGCGGGCCAUGUCAGUGGGCCUUAAAAACAUUGUACUGCCUUCACCUGAUGCCCAGUCCCAAGUACAUAAUGUGGCCAACAGAGGAGGGGCUGGUGUGGAUAUGUCAGGAUUUGGCUGGAAAACUGGACAACUAGAAUUUGAGGCCUUGAUGAGGGCACUAGACAGUGUGGUAAGUAAAGAUCAACUAUAUGUUGUUUUAAAAGCUGUAAAAGUCAUUGCCUGUUACUGUAACUAGAAAGUGUAAGGAAAUAAUGUCAGGUCACUUCAGGAAAAUAAUCCCAUGACAUCUAGGACCAUAGUCCCAUGACAUCUAGGACCACCACCUGUUUUUUUUUUUUCUGGCAUACCUCCAUCACAAUGUGAGGAUGGUGUCGACUUUGCAGGACGAAAUCAAAAGGCCUGGGAUCUUUCCUUAGGAGGAUAAGCUGGCCCCCUAGACAGCAAAUCCCCUCUCACCACCCACAUCCCCUCUCACCACCCACAUCCCCUCUCACCACCCACAUCCCCUCUCACCACCCACAUCCCCUCUCACCACCCACAUCCCCUCUCACAACACAUCUGGAGAACCCAAGGGAACAUUAUUUAUAUGGGGGGGGGGGGGGGUGAUACAACUUGUCAACAUUAGCGUUGCAGGAGUUGCCAGAAUAUUUAAUGUGUCAAUGGUUAUCUGCCUACGGAACUCCAACUCCGGGUUUGAAACACCACCCACAUCCCCUCUCACCCCCCACAUCCCCUCUCACCACCCACAUCCCCUCUCACAACACAUCUGGAGAACCCAAGGGAACAUUAUUUAUAUGGGGGGGGGGUGUGUGAUACAACUUGUCAACAUUAGCGUUGCAGGAGUUGCCAGAAUAUUUAAUGUGUCAAUGGUUAUCUGCCUACGGAACUCCAACUCCGGGUUUGAAUUCAGAGUUAGCGUUCUCUUAGAUGAGUUGCCGUCCAAGAUUAACGAGUCCCAUCAACCCAGGGUGCUGGGGCUGUUUUUGGUUGUCUAGGCUUUGGUGGGCUUUGAACUCGGGACCAAAAGGUAUUCGGAAUGACUCAGUUUAGACCGUCCUCCACCCACCACCAACACCACCUUCUGUUACCGGUAAUGCUAGAUUAAUCUCUGUAUAAAUUUAACUGAAUAACUUAUUGAUCUAAUAAAACUAUGCAUAAAUUCAUUUGUAAAAAUUAUUUUCUUCUUUAUAAACAGGGCUACAGAACAGGUUAUGAUUACAAGCUGCUGCCUAUUGCAAAGCAGGAACACUAACCUCGUUAAAAUAAAGUCAAUACAAAGUCAGGAAGAGUUACCCUUCUUAUAAGCAGCAAAGUUAAAAUAUUUUUAAAAUGCAAACGUAAAAGAAUAAAAACUAACCAGAGAGCCAACAUUAUGCAUUUGUUCCCAUAACAUGAUAAUCAGUUAUCACAGAUGUCUUAUGUAUAUCUUCUUCUUCGUGUUCAGCUACUGGAUUUUUUGUUCUUGCCAUUUUCACAGCGAACAUCCAUUAAAUCUUGCCAUCACCAUCCCCUUCCUUACUUGACUCAACAAGUUAGGAUCACAUGUGUAGACAAGUUAAGUCUUACACAUUACGCAAUUCAUGCAUCCUUAUUUGAGCAUUCAAAACUCAAAUACCUCCAGACAUUAGCUUUCCAUUUAGAGCUCAGCUUUCAUUUCAUGGAGGGGUUAUGUACUACGAAUUUAACAUUGGCAGUGGAUGAACUUGUAGAAAAUCUAAAUGUGAUUUUUCAAUAAAAAGAUAUUUGUUCUUCUAACGGGUAAUGAAUACUAUAAGGAAAUGUCCCUUUUCCCCCGCUACAAUCAGGUUCCCAAAGAAGCAACUGUUUAGCAUAGCUGAUAUUUUAAUUUGACAUCUCUUAAAUAAAUUUUCCAUCUAUGCUGGAUUGUGCCGGAUAAUCUGCUUUAUUUUGUGAGCUUUUGAAUGCCAAUUUCCUAACUGUAUGCACAAAUUCAUUUCUUCCUUGUUAAGUCAAUUUUUAAAGCAAUGUUCUUAUCUGGGCAGCCCCUGAGGCUUUUCUUUAAUUCCUCUAUUUCAAAGAGAAUAGAACCAGCCCACAAGGCUUUUCUUUAAUUCAAUAUUUCCAAGAGGAUUGGAUCCCUAACAACACACUGAUACAAGUUAAACACAAGGGAUCUACCUUUAGAGGCUUUGAAGGAAGAAACAGCAUCAGAUGAAAAUGACGAGCCAUCCCAGUGCCAAAGUGAUCCAUCAUCUGAACACGUGAAUAGGUGGUUUGGAUUGUAAGGAUGAAACUUCACCUCCCACACUGACAGAAAAAAAAUAAUAAAAUUUAUAACAUUUUCCUUAAAACUUUUUGAACUUCAAAUGCUCCUUUCAAAAUGAUGGCCAAAAUAAAAACAUAUACAAUCCUUCUAUACAGUUACUCAGAAGUUUUGGAAGAUAUUUCCCUCCACAAGAAAAAGCUAUCAGUUCUGAUCAGGGGUUUACAAGAGGUUUAAAAGAGGGGAAACACUUUUAUAGAAAAAUUUUCUUUUGCCUAAAUUUUUAGGAAACUUCAAGAAAAGUAAUUUAUAUAAAGCCCAGAUUACAACCCGGCUAUUGGUAACAUAUAAACUUCCUAGAGGUAUGCACAAAUGUCCAUUAAAUGGCGCCAUUAAAGACAUCUAUUUAAAAAUAGGUGUAAUUUUAAACGUGAUGAAGAAAAGGAGAAGAUAUACCAUGGAAGGACAUUUUUUUUCUUUCAAAAUUUCACCCCAAAAUAGCAAAGAUGAUUCAUCAAGAUCUACAAAUAUAUACUUUGUUGAAAGUUUUCAGAGUUGAUGGACAUUAUGCUAAUUUUACAUUUUAUGUGUAAGAUCUAACAUUACCUAUUAUGUGUAAGAUCUAGUUUUACAUUUUUCGACUGUAUGUUUUUUUCACUUAAAUUUUACACUUGAAUGACAAGUCCAGCUUGGAGAAAUUAUGCUCUCAUUUACAUUCAAGUUUAAAAAAAUGUGAAAAAAAAAAUAAAAAAAUAAAAUCAUUUUAAUUUUGUUUUCUGCUUAACUGCCUUUACUUUGUAAAUAACCGGACCGCUUAUUGCCAACUACAAGAACAGUCAAGUGUCUUGUGUAGCUGUGUCCCCUGCUUUCUAAGUUCCCACCAGUACUUACUGGCUCCUGUGUGUGCCUCCAGAAGUGUCAUGGGGAACUUGUCCUGCCUCAGGUCCCAUAUGGUCAGCAUGCCCUCUUCUCCACCGGUAGCGACUAUAUGGGCCUGUCCCGGGUGUUUGUCCAGGCAGAGGAGUGGUGUGUGGUUCUCUGUACUGAAAUAGGUAUUUCAUGGUUAAUUAACGUAUGUCAUGCUAGCACCAUCAAAUAUUUUCUGGACAAUGGAAAAUCCUCCACACUCCAAGACAAAAGUUGACGCUGCCAGAAUGUUAUUGGAUGAAUAUUCUUAAAUGUCACGGAACUCAAAUUUGUGACUUCAGCCUUGUGAAAAUUGAAAUAAAAAUAAAACCAAAACAGAUUUACAUAAUAUGUUAAAAUAAAGUCACAAAUUUGAUCCAUUUGUGAUACUUUGUGUUAAUGUUUUUUAUUCUCUGGCUAUUUAGCACUGCCAUAUUGUUAAUUGCUUCAUAGCAUUUUUUGCUUAUAUGUAAUUUGAUUAAUUUGAAAGGAUAUUCAUUAUACUAUUAAAUUUAAAUAAACUGUGUUUU